CCAUACUGCGUCAGUGCGGAAGGAUGGCCAUGGCGGAGUUGGGGGCGCGAGCGCUGCGGGCGGGAGGCCGCCUCGCUUUGGUAGGGGCCACGAGAGCUGGGGCCGUCGCCACUUGUCCAAGCCGAAGCGGCUUCGCCAGCUACAGAUUUCCAGCAUCUGCAGUAUUUUGCUUGUAUUCCAGGCUUUUCUGUACAGCUACUCGGCAGAAAAACACUGGACAAAGCUACGAAGAUGACCAAAGCCAGACUCAGAAUGGAGAUAAAGGAGAACCCAGCUCAGCAGAGAAAACACUCUUGGAAGAAAAGACCAAGCUGGAGGAGCAACUGAAGGACCUUACAGAGAAGUAUAAGCGAGCGCUAGCAGACACUGAAAAUCUACGUCAAAGAAGCCAGAAACUGGUUGAGGAAGCCAAGUUAUAUGGUAUUCAAGGUUUCUGCAAGGACCUGUUGGAAGUGGCAGACGUUCUUGAGAAAGCGACCCAGAGUGUGCCCAAAGAGGAGAUCACGGGACAGAACCCUCACUUGAAGAGUCUUUAUGAAGGUCUCAUCAUGACCGAAGGACAACUUCAGAAAGUGUUUUCCAAGCAUGGUCUUGUCAAACUGAAUCCCAUUGGAGCAAAGUUUGAUCCAUACGAGCAUGAAGCUCUCUUCCACACUCCUGUGGAAGGAAAGGAGCCAGGCUCAGUGGCGCUAGUGACCAAGAUAGGGUACAAGCUUCAUGGACGCACCCUUCGGCCAGCAUUAGUUGGUGUUGUUAAAGGAGCAGAAUAACCAUGUUUGGGACUGACUGCAGUAUUGUUCAAAAAGGCCAUACAGUUCAUGUUCUUUGACUGAUGGAUAUUUUGUUUUGCUGUUUACGUAGAAUUGAAGAUAAUCCUGUUUUUUUUUACAAAAACCAAGGGUCUGCAGGCUUGAAAGAUACUAUGAGAUGUGAAAGUGUGCUGGCUUCAUUAAAAUGAGCUUUAUUCUGUUUCAGGUAUUGGUCACCAAUAAAUAUUCAGAUCUUUUAACAGUCUCCCACAGAUUUGACGAUUUUCCAGAGUUCAAAAUGUUGGGACUGUGCAGUUGGCAUUUGGUUCCAGUUCUAGUCUGAUUUAAUAAUUAUCUAGUUGUCUUCUGGCACUACCUCAUUCAUCUUUCUCCUACUGAUCCCAAUUAGACUUCCUAUUAUAAAAGCUAACCUGGUCUUCAUAUCAGAAAGUAAGAAAAAGUCUAUUGUUCAAAGUAUCCACUUGUAUGGUCUUAUUGUGCAUAAUUAACUGUCCACUUUGUGGACUGUUUGGUGUUUUACACUUUGUCUUCAAAAUUGUGAAUUGUACACUGUACAAAAUUUAAUUCAAUUUUUGUUGAAACUUUUCUGUUAAACUGAUCAGGUUAUGAAAUAUUAAGUUUAAUAUUCCUGGAUGUAUGUUGAGAAUUGAUAUAGGCACCAGUCUUUUCUGUGACAAUGUCACUUGUUAUACAACAACAGGAACAUAUGUGGAACUAUUCCAUAUAAAUUCUGUGGAUUACAAGGAAUGAUUGUAUAAAUGAACAAUUAUUUUCCCUCACUUGUGGUAACACUAAGAAGUUAGCUACUUCAAUUGUCAAAGAUACCACAAUAUUUUAAAAAUAAAUUUGACCAAUUUAAACAUUGGUAUUCUAAAUUA